UUGUUUCUUCUAGUCGAAACGUUGAUCACUAAUCCACUGCCAAGCCAAAUAACAGCCAUCAAAGGCGCGCGAAAAGAUCUUCAUUGUACCGUGCAGUCGGACCCUGCCAUAUCAGUCCACUGGCGCUGGACCAAGGAUGGAAGCCCAGUUGAUACGUCCCGGAUGACGCUACUCAAUGAUGGAACGCUCCGAAUUAACACCGUGCGGGAAAAUGACGCCGGGACUUACGUCUGUCGUGUAGAGUCUGUGGCGGGAAAUGCCACAACCAGCGGUACGCUAAGCGUACAAGGUGGGUACUUGUAUAUUGCUAGCAGUGCUCUUCCCUUUCUUAUGCUUGUGUACAGUUUUUUUAUGUUCAAAGGUGUUCUGCUGUUGUGCAGCGUAGACGGACAAAAUUUAUUUGUUAACAGGACAUCGGAUUUUGAUCCCGGGCCACAUGAGGCCAACACCGCGAUAACAAUCAGACCAUUGACGCGAAACCUUAGUCUGUAGAGUUUUACCUUCAGAAAGUGCAUUAGCGAAUGAAGCCUUGAAUGUCUUAACUCCCAUAGAGACGAUUUGCCUGAAAAUGUGGGCAAAACCACUGCUCAAAAAUGCAAAUAGUACUCCUCUGAUUGACUUGCGACGCUCAAAACCGCCUUUGUAUUUUUUUAAGCUCUCCAUUGACUGCUUUUUUUAUUUUUCCAGAAACACCACUUGCUCCCAGCACACCUGUAGUGAGUAACAUCCAGCCUACGUCAGUUCGUCUGUCCUGGUUUCCUCCGGGGUAUGAUGGAAACAGUCCCAUCAUAUCCUACGUUGUUGACGCCAAGGCGGGCUCUAAUCCUUGGCGCCAGCACGUUGACAACAUCAAUCCAUCUGACAGACAGAUGUCAAUCCUCGUGCGUAAUCUUCUACCCCACACUCAGUACCAGUUCCGUGUUAAAGCUGUGAAUCAAGUAGGGGUGGGUGCGGCGAGUGCGGCGUCUGGCAGUAUCAUGACCCUUAUAGCUGGUAAG